GAGAGACAGACAGGGAGGGUAGUGCGGUGCCUGUUGUCGGCACCAGGUUUAUAUGAAUGAGCAUGGCGUAACUGCACAUCAGCCUGGGCUGCUUUUUUUUUUUUUAAAUAUACUUUAGUAAUGCCAGUGAGGACGCGGUUAAAGACCUCCCUGGUGUGUUUUUGGAGAGAUUGAGAGCCUGGGCUUGUGGUUCAGCUCGGAUCUGUAUUUUGAACAGUUGGUUCCUUUCCAUUCUCCUGCCUGGAGUUUCCUGUUUACACCUCAAUCAGCUGCUGGAGAUGAAGAGAGUCAACAGCUUCCAGAGAUUCAUGAACAGCAGAGCUGCUGCUAACUGCCGCUACCAGCCCACAAGCUACGAGCAUGCAGCAAACUGCUACACACACGCGCUAGUGAUCGUUCCUGCAUUUGUGGGCGUGGCUCUGUUGCACCGUCUCUCAGAUGAUCGGUGGGAGAGGAUCACGGCGUGGGUGUACGGCCUCGGCCUCUGUGCUCUUUUCCUCAUCUCCACCAUCUUCCACAUCAUCACCUGGAAGAAAAGCCACAUGAGGAUGAUGGAGCACUGCUUCCACAUGUGUGACCGAGUCGUCAUCUACUUCUUCAUCGCCGCCUCGUACACACCGUGGUUAAACCUGAGGGAGCUGGGUCCUCUGGCGUCUCACAUGCGCUGGUUCGUGUGGCUCAUGGCGGCCACGGGAACCAUCUACGUCUUCAACUACCAUGAGAAGUAUAAACUGGUGGAGCUGGCCUUCUAUCUGACCAUGGGGUUCUCUCCUGCACUGGUGGUGACCUCGAUGACCAACACGGACGGUGUGUACGAGCUGGCAUUCGGUGGGUUGAUCUACUGCCUGGGCGUGGUCUUCUUUAAAUCAGACGGCGUCAUCCCAUUCGCUCACGCCAUCUGGCACGUGUUCGUCACACUCGCCGCUGCCGUGCACUACUACGCCAUCUGGAAAUACCUCUACCGCAGCUCAUCUGGAGACGAGGUCAGGCCUGUGGCUGACCUCUGACCUGUCUCUCUCUCUCUCACACACACAUACUUAUAUAUGAACGAGAGUAUGUAAUCUAAACCAUUUUCACCAAGAGGUGCUCAUCAGCAACUCAAGUUUACCAAUAUGACCUCUGAUUGUUUACUAGCCGCCUGGAGAACUGUGUGUGUGUUUUCAGAUGAUUGAUUCAGUCAGAAAUUUUUUUAAAAGUACAGAAUUUCUCACAUGUAGUUGAUCAGAUCGGCUGAGACGUGUUUGGCGUCUUCAGUUUUGGACAUUUGAAGCUGCGAGGCUCUUAUCAUGAAAAACAAACAACAGAAGCUUCUAGACUCCAGUUUCAUCACACUGAGCGCGAGUGUGAGAUGAUUUUAGGUGUGUGGUUUAAACCAUAACUCUAAACCGGUGGCUUCUGUUACGUGUUUGCUUCACAAGUGUUCGACUCCAGUGGUGCAUCGUGUCGAUCUCAUUCACUUUUGGUUGAUCCGGUCCAUUAAAUACAGAUAUCUCUUCUUCUGUCUUUGGUUUUAAACAGAUAUUCAGAGCAGUUCUGCUCACACACACACAUUCCACCUUUCACAUGUUCAGUGUUGCCUUUUGCAUCGAGAUUCCUGAACUCCAGAGGUCGUGUCUUACUGGUUUUAUAUCUCGUUGUACUGUAAUGUGCAGGUCAUCAGUGUAUUGAUUGUUUCUCCUGCUCUAACGCUGAUAGUUGUUGCAAGAUACCCAGGAUUCUCAUCAACAUAAUGAAAGUUGACAGAGUGUAGAUCUCUAGAAAAGCUACAUUUUUAAAAAAAAAUUAUUUAUUUAUUUUUCCCCUGUCUGUUUUUCCAGCUCAUAACAACAACACCUGCCCCGCCAAAAAAAAACGUCGCGCAAUCUAAUAUUCACCUGGUCCGCUUUUAGCUUUGAUUACAGCAUGCGUUCAUUACAGCGUGGCAUUGUUUCGAUGAUCUUGUGCAAUGUUGCAACAUUAAUUUCAGUCCAAAGUU